AUGGGUAGAAGAUCACACAAACAAGAAUUACAUAAAAAAAAAGUUGAGAUUAGUCAAACUAUUUAUUUACCACGUUCUUGGGACUACUAUGAAAGAUUUAAACAACCAUAUUUUUAUCCAUUCGAAUUCAGCCAAAUAGAAAUCAAACAAUCCGAAUUGGGUGAUAUCAAAAUCAAUGCAACUCUUUGGGAUACAGCAAUUGUAAUGUCAAAAUUUUUUGAAUUAGAAAUUGGUAGAGAUGGAUUAAAGGGUAAAAGAAUUAUAGAGUUGGGUAGUGGUGUUGGUUUGUUGGGUGUUGUAUUAUCACUUUUAGGGGCAGAUAUUAUUAUUACAGAACAAAAAAGUAUGCAUGGUAUUUUAGAGUAUAAUGUUAAAAAGAAUUGUAAAGAUCUCAGCAAAACCAAAGUUCAAGAAUUGUGGUGGGGUGACAAUAUAUUGGAUUUUAAACCACCAUUUGAUAUGAUUGUUGGUUCAGAUUUAAUUUAUGAAGAUCAUUGUAUUGAUCUUUUAUUAAAAUCAUUAAUGGAUCUCAGUUCAUUCCAUCCAAAACCAAAGAGCAAAUACAGCGAUAUCAUCGAUCAAUUAGAUGAAAAUGGUAAUAUACCUGAAAACUUAUUAGAGAAUUUAAAAAUCAAUAAUGACAAUGAAGAAGAAGAAGAAAAUGACGAAGAAGAGGAAGAAGAGGUAGAAGAGGAAGAAAAAGAAGAAAAAGAGGAUUUAGAUGAAGAAGAUAGAGAUGAUUUAGAAGAGGAUAAUAAAAAAGAAAAUAUAUAUGACAGCAAUUUCCAAUAUAACAAAGAGAUCAAAAAGAAAUAUAAAAAUAAGAAAAUAAAAGAAGAUGAUGAAGAGUUAAAAGGCGAAGAUUAUUUGGUUUCUUCGUCAUUGCUUGAGCCAAACCCAGAUACUGUAAUUUACUUAGGCUAUGAACACAGAGAAAUGAAUGCUGAAUCAAUUUUUAUGAAUAAAGUUAACAAAUAUUUCCACGUUGAAACUAUUACAACAAAGCAUUUAAAUCCUGGUUUUUCUGGUGUCGAUAUUAGAAUUUUGAAAAUGAAGAAAAUAAAACAACAACCACCACAAGAAGAAAAAGAUAAAGAGGAAAAUAAAUAA